AUGUCCUUCCUUGUAUCAGCAUCUCGCUCUUGUCGUCGGAGAGAAAGAUUGGAUAUUUAUUCAAGCAAUAUAUUAGGCCGAGCCUUCUCGUCGGAAUCCAGCGAAACAGCCUCCAAUAAAGGAUCUCAAGUCAUGCAAGCGUCCUACCAAGAGUACUCCGAAGCCCAGUAUUCAGCCCAUAUUGGCUGUCAAGAUAUGCUUCUACAAUCGAUUCAGCGAUGGGGUCAACGCAUUAAGAUGGAAGACAAACUGUUGAUAAAUUCUCAUCAAGAUUUUGCCAGGCGACGAAGAAUGGCCGAUUUGGGUUCUGCCGAUGGAUCAAAUUCUAUUCAAACCUUGUCCGUCGUGAUGGAAUCACUCACCGAAUACCGUGAUGUGCCGUUUCAUCCUUUGGACAUUGUGCUGGAAGAGCAUCCCGAAAGUGAUGAGAAUCACCUGAAUGAAACCUUGAGCCACCAUCAGCAACUCUUUGAGAAACACAACGCUCGGUACAAGACACUCAUGAAGUCCUUUUAUGAGCCCUUAUUCCCACCCAAUUCGAUGGACUUUAUAAUGUCACAUCUUUCUCUCCAUUGGUUGGAUACGGCUGACACGCAGCAUGAUGCUUCCCAUUGGAAGGCUUUGCACCGAAAACUUGGCCAAUUGAAGGGCGAGAAGGACGAGGCUUCUGAUGAAAAAGACUUUGUAUUUGUAAAUGAAAAAUAUGCUCCUCUUUUGUUGCAGGAUGUUUGGAGAGAGGAACUAGCCAUGAGGCACCUAGCCAACUUUCUCAUGCUACGAGCGACCGAGCUCCGUCCUGGUGCCGAACUGUUUAUGAUGAUGGUCGGUGAAGGCCACGCAUUUGUCUGCCCUCCAAACGAUAACUCCUCCUCCCUACUGACAAUUGCAAUGAAAAAGUGCAUUGAAGAUGGGACUGUUCGGGAGGAGGUUCUGACAAAUGCAUUCGUUCCAUACUAUUUGAGAAACGUAACGGACAUUUACGAUGCGGUGAACCUAAUGAAUAACAAGGUGGAUCCCAACAAUGGACCCUUCUUGGAAGUUGUUGAUGCUCAAUAUUACGCAGCCAAUACAGGAGUCGACAUUGAUCGAGCGUGUGAGCUCUUUUGGUCAAUUCACGGAGGGGCAGUCACUGGAUUUGGGAAUGCAACGAAUGAGGAAUGUGUGGCUAUAAGGUCUGCCUUGGCUCUUGAAUUCAAGACGGCAUAUAGCUCAGAAGAAGGAAUCAUAGGAAAGUUUGUGGCAUGUGUAUUGAGACGGAGAACUCGAAAGCCGUGGUCACUAGGUCCAGAGAUGUGA